AUGGCAGUUUUAACAUGGUUCAUCACCGGCUGCUCUAGCGGAUUCGGCGAGAUCCUAGUUCGUCAGCUCCGCGCCGCUGGUGAUAAUGUUAUAGCUACAGGUCGCAAUGCCGAUACGAAGCUCGCCCAUCUCAAAGAGACUGGAGCAUCGAUUCUCAGCCUUGAUGUCACGGCGCCCGCCACCGAAAUCCAGUCUAAAAUUGACGAAGCUUGGGAUAUUUAUCCCGGGGGUAUCGAUAUCCUGGUCAACAAUGCCGGCUUCAUCGUCAGCGGAGCAAUUGAGGAGUUAACGCAAGAAGAUAUGGACUCCUCUUUCAAAGUCAACUUCCAUGGGCCACUCAACAUCACCCGUGCUAUCCUCCCUCGCCUCCGGGAAAAGGGCAAGGGAACGCUUCUUUAUGUAGGCUCUCAAGCGGCAUGGCAUGCCGAUCCCAGUGCUGGAAGCUAUUGUGCUGCCAAAUUUGCUUUAUCAGGUGCUGUUGAGUGUCUCGCCAAAGAACUGGCCAUCUUCUCCCCGGGUAUUAAGAUCCUCAUUGUAGAGCCCGGGUACUUCCGCACAAAAGUCUUUUCCAACAUCAACCAUGUCGAGCCUCGCAUCCCAGACUACGCUCAAUUCAAUGCUGGGGUCCGGCAGUUUGAAGCCUCACUCGUUGGAAAUGAGCCUGGUGACGCCGAUAAAGCUGCUAUGCGGAUGAUUGAGCUUGUAAGGGGCACGGGCAUGGCUUCGGGGAAGCAAAUCCCUCUGAGAGUACCCUUGGGAACGGACGGCUGGGAGAGGAUCAAGGCAAAGUGCGAAGAGACGAUCAAGAUUUGCGAAGAUUGGGAGGAAGUUGCUAAGAGCACAGACUACACAGCGGUAGGUGCGGUUUGAAUUAAUUGAGCCGUUCUUGAUACCGCAGUCUUCCAUUCAAGACAAUAUAGUUGUGGAUAGCCCCGGCGAUAUUGCAUCAAUUGGGGAAUUAAAGACGAAGGCCUAUCCACACUCCAUAGUAUUGAGCUCUUUCUAUCGUUAAUAGGCCAAAGUUUAAGUGGUAUGAUAG